AUGUCCCAACAGACAUAAUAGUGUUCAAACUGUAAAGCAUAAAUAGCAGAAUCUGUCUUUGCAUUGCAUGAAAUUUAUUGCAUUCGUAAUAAUAUUGAAUGUAAGAGAUGCAGAUAAUUUUAUGAUAAAAACGAUCCUUAAUCUCAUGAAGAAGAAUUUCAUAAAGGUACUGUAUGUGAGUUUUGUAAGGAAAUAUUCUCAGGUACUUCAUAUCAUCUAUUUAGAUAUUUCCAAACAUACAAAAUGUCUUAAACAACCCGUCUAAUGUAUUCAUUGUGGAUUGGAUUAAACUAAGGAUUAAAUAUUUUAACAUGAAAACAUAUGUGGUAGCAGAACAGAAAAGUGUGAUAUUUGCAAAUAAUAUAUAAUGAUUAGAGAAUUAGUUAAACAUACUGGGACAUGUGUUCCUCCAAAACCAAAAGAAUUAGUUUAAGAAAAACAACCAACUUAAAAAGCAGUUGAAAAUAGAUAAAAUUCAUAAUAACCACAAUAAAAUGUUCAUAUUCCUAAGCCUGAUUAUAAGCAUUUAGAUUAAAAGUAUAAAUAUCAAGCCGAAGCAGAGGUUAGUAGACCUUAACAAUAAGUGCAAGCUAAGCAUGAGAUUUUUGGUUAUGAAAAACCUUCACUUCCAUAUAAUUAAUAAUAAUAAGCUUAAUAAUAAUACUAAUAGUAGGUUUAAUAAAUAAAAUAACCAAUCAGCAAGUAUGAUAAACCUAUUGAAACAAGAGCAGAUCAUUAUUCUUAAAAUAAGAAAAAUCCACAAUAAUAUUACAAUUUUAGUUAAUAAUAAUAAAUUUUAGCUGAACAAAAAAGUAAACCAAAAGAUUAACCACUUUAACCUACAACAAAUGUUAUUAAACGAUAAGCAUCCGGUAAUUAAGAGAUUAGAAAUGGAUAUCCUUAAUUAGAAAAAAAUCCUGAUAAAUAUGCUAUCUAAUUCUCUAAUUAAUAGAAAUAUCCAGAUAGAAAGGCCAAUGAACCUAGAUAAUACGAUCCUAAUUCCUAUAUGAAUAGAUAAUAAGAAAAUAAAUAUUAUGAUAAUAAAUAAUUAGAGAAUCGAGGAUUUGACAAAAAGCAAUCAGAUCAAAAUUUGCAAAGACAAUAUAGUCAACAACCAUAACAAAAACAUUAGUAUAAUUAAUUUUAAAAAUUAUAGAUAAUAGCCUAAAGCACUUGAUGAUGAUAUAGAUUAUUUAGCUUUGGGUUUAACAAGGGAAGAAAUUGAAUAAUAGAAGGCAUAUUUAGAGAGUUUGCAGUAGUAAAGAAAACCUUAAGAAUCUUAACCAAAACCAUUAGAAUAUAAGCCAAGGUCAGAUUAUUACUAGGCAGCAAGAGCAUAUAAAUGAU